AUGGAAUAUUUAUUAGUCCUUGCUAUUAAGAGAAACGUGUAUUAUUCUGCAAUAUGCUUUUGCUUACAAUUUGUCACUGAUGCAUGCAGAUAUGUGGUCUCUGACCUUGCAACAGAUGUAGUGGUGCAUGUUGGCGAAGUGAAAUUUCACUUACAUAAGUUUCCCCUUCUGUCCAAGAGCAGCAAGCUUCAAAGAUUAGUUCUUAAGGCCACUGAGGAGGGAACUGAUGAUGUUCAUUUCGAUGAUCUUCCUGGGGGAGCAAAAACAUUCGAAAUAUGUGCAAAGUUCUGCUAUGGGAUGGUCGUCACCCUCAGUCCACACAACGUUGUUGCAACAAGAUGUGCAGCGGAGUACCUUGAAAUGACUGAAGAUAUGGAAAAGGGGAACCUGAUAUUUAAAAUCGAGGUCUUUAUCAAUUCUAGCAUCCUUCGUAGCUGGAAGGAUUCCAUCAUUGUUCUCCAGAGCACAAAGGCGAUGUUACCUUGGUCUGAAGAGCUGAAGGUUGUGGGUAGAUGUAUUGAUGCCAUCGCUUCGAAGACGUCUGUGGAUCCAGCCAAUGUAACAUGGUCAUACAGUCACAAUAGCAAGAAAGGAGUAGCUUGUGCUGAAAUAGUUGAGUCGACAGGAAAAGCAUCACUAGCUCCCAAAGACUGGUGGGUUGAGGACUUGUGUGAAUUGGAUGUUGACCUCUACAAGAGAGUUAUGGUUGCUAUCAAAUCCAAGGGGAGAAUGUCACCUGAACUGAUAGGAGAGGCCCUCAAAGCUUAUGCGGUUAGAUGGCUGCCAGACUCGUAUGAUGCUUUGAUUGCUGAAGAUUACAUGAGAAGGAAUCAGUGUCUGGUCGAGACUAUAAUAUGGUUGUUGCCGUCUGAUAAGAGCUCUGGUUGUUCUUGCAGAUUUCUCUUGAAACUGUUGAAAGUUGCUAUAUUAGUUGGAGCAGGGGAGCAUGUGAAGGAAGAGCUUAUGAGAAGGAUCAGUUUCCAGUUGCACAAAGCUACUGUUAAGGACCUCUUAUUACCUGCUGCUUCGCCUAAUGAUGGUACAUAUGAUGUUCAGUUGGUUCAUAAUCUUGUCCAGAGAUUUGUUGCAAGAACUGCACUAUCUCAUAAUGGUGGUUUCGUUGAGAAGUCUGAUGAAAAGAUGAUUGAGCUCAACUUUGAACAAGAGUCAACUUUGUCGGUAGGAGAGCUUGUUGAUGGCUAUCUAUCUGAAGUAGCUUCAGAUCCAGACCUUUCAUUGUCUACAUUUGUUGAGGUAGCAACAGCUGUGCCAGAAGCAGCUAGACCUAUUCAUGAUGGCCUGUAUUAUGCGGUCGAUGCAUAUCUCAAGGAACACCCAGACAUAAGUAAAACUGACAAGAAGAAGAUUUGCAGUCUGGUGGAUGUCAAGAAGCUCUCCACAGAUGCAUCGAUGCACGCCACGCAAAACGACCGCCUGCCGCUCCGGUUGGUGGUACAGGUCCUCUUCUUUCAGCAGCUGAGGGCUGGUGCAAGCAAAGAACUCGCCCUGACCGAUGAUGGAGGACACGCUUGCACACGGCCUAUGCCAGAUCAAUGUGACCCUUGUGAAAGGCGGAUACCAAAGCAUCCGAACUCACUGAAUAAGCAGGUGACAAGCCUGAGCGCAAGGGAAAGCGAUCACCACCGUAUCAGCGAGCACAGGGGCAGUAGGAACAGCUUCAAGGACCAGCUGGGAGGCCUCCUGCUGCAGUCGCGGUCCAGGAGGAUCUUCGACAAGCUGUGGAGCAGCAAGGGGCAGGGUGAGCAUGGCGGUGGCAAAGGCUCAGAGACGUCUGGCAGCUCGCAGAGCCCGCCAUUGUCCGCAAAGCCCGCCGAAGUGAAGCCCUCCCCUCUUCCCCCUCUUAGGAACAGGAGGUACUCUGUUUCAUAGGUUUUUUUUUUGGCUCUCCUAGGUUAGCUCUGGGUUAGGUUGUUGUACAGAAGAAGGAAGCUAAUCAGCUGCUGCUCGGCCUUUUUGUAAGCAGAUCAAACUGCUGUUCUCUAUGUGAUCAUGCUGUAGCUUUUACUGUAGCCAACUGAGAGCAAAGAUUUACCAGGGCGUUCGCCCUUGAAAAUGUU